AUGGCGAGGCUACGACCUACACUACCGGACGGGAGGCUUAGGAAUCGGCAGUCUGUUGUCGACCCUUCCCGAUUGCAGAUCCGUGUUGUGCCUUAUAGUCCACCACGAAUCAGUUUGGAUGGCUCAACACCCUCUCGUCCAGCGUCAUAUGUUGAAGUUUCGCCUAAGCAGCCUCCUUUGGCUUUCUGCCAAGACAGGGAAAAUCAACCGAAGGAUGAUAUUGGCGGUAGUCUGUGCCUAUCACAGGUUAAAUCCCAACUUCAGGACUCAACUGGUCCUGACCCUCUCAUGGACCUCACAAACGAAACCGCUGACUCGGUCGAUCACGUCAAAAAAGUUGAAAACUGGGGUGCUGUGUCUCCAACGACGAUCCCUGCCUCACCUUCGCCUUCUUAUCCCCCUUCCAGAAGGACUAUUGCAGUCAAUUCCGACAAGACUUUCUCUCUUCUACCACAAUCCUGUUCUGCCUCUGCGACCGAUGGGCUGCGAUCUCCACGCCAGUCGUCGACAGCCCCAAGCUCCUCGGCAGAUAGGACUAUUUCUGGAACUUUUGUUGACGAUCAGCCAAGCUCUCCUCUCACUCCGCCCCAAGAACUUUCUCGGCCGCCAUCCUCGUUCUGCUCGUCGCCAUUUCCUGCCAGCCUUACCGCUGCCUCCUCACCCUGUAACUAUACGCUGCUUGGCGGUGUGCGGAAGGUCCCAGAUAGUGAUGGAGGCGGCAAGGCCAAGGCUUUGUCCAUUCCUUCCCUCCCAGUAGAGCGGGAUCUGCAGGCAGCCUUUGUAGGAUCACGCCCAUCAGCCAGUGGUUAUACUCAGUCGGGGAUGUUGUCUUCGAAACAAUCCUUUCCUUCUGAAUCAGCCUCCACGUUAUCUGAGAGGUCUAACUACAAGACAUUUGUCAGUGAGUCGCCUUAUCAUGGCCCAGAUUGGCAUCCUGAAGCAGCCGACGACUCGAAUGCGAAUUGUUCUGUGCUCUCGUCAAGCCAUUCUAAUUUUGAGAUCAUUGGUGAAACUUGUUCUGAACAAUCUUUGGAGAAUCAUUCCAACUCGGAUACCAAUGACAGCAACAGAAACUACGUAUUACAUGGAGACUUCUCGUCAUCACCUCCUGCCGCGGUGGCUUCCAGGUCUGUGUUGAAGACAGAGUAUUCAAGGGAAAGUCUAGUCGUGGCACCGCUGAGGCCCAGCAAGCGGUUCUUCUCUGAUCAAGCUACAGUGUCUCGUCAGAAGUCUAGAGACUCUAUUCGGACGGGAUCUCUCACCUCGAUCUCGAGUGCUUUCGUUGAAGAAGCUGCCCGGUCAUUGUUCGCUGGCAGCUCUGUGAUUACAUCGCACAGCGGUGGUUUCCGUCACACCUCGCUUCAACGGAAUACCACCAUCGGACCUGGGAAUCGCCAUCAGAACUUAUCGCAUCACAAUCAUUGGAGUACCACUCUAUCUCCCAUACUAUCCGAGAGUGACAGGGGGAGUUCCGUGCCUUCGUUGGCUUUUACUCACACCACGGUUGGAGACCACCGUCUCCAGAGCCAAUCCUUCGACGUAGGUACACCAGACCUACCACGCCAUGAUGGUCAACCGAACGUUGAAGCAUGGAUGGAACUUCCGCCUCCUGCUAGUUACAGGGUUUGGAAUCGGGAUGUCAAUAACAGCAGCUUGCGACUAAUUCGAGACCAAGACGAGCACGGAGACGGACUCGCUGAGCUCGAAGAGCUUCAGCGACGCCCAUCUCGAACAAAGCUUCAUAGCUAUCUAUCGAGUUUCCCCUCCGAUCGGAAUCUUCGUUCAUCUGGUAGUUCUCGAAGUAAUAGCUUCAGUCGUUGUCACAUUCCCGCUUGGGCCAGCGGUGAACGUCGUUUCCUGACUAUCCAACACUCCUCUGAUUCUCUGUUUUCGGAGUUCAGCGCAGGUGUCCAUAGCAGCCCAUUGAUCAACCGCUCCCCGAGCACAAAACGCUUCACUCUAGCUACUCAGCUUCCUCGUCAGCGUCAACCACCUCCAGCGCCAUGCGAAGCUCCGCCAGCAUCACAGUCAAAUGGACCAGUAGCAUGUCCUCCGCUCAACAUGGUGUGCCGCAUUAAGAAGCAGACAUCUAGCAUAUGGUCACCACACCUAAGGCGAGACAGAAGGUCCCGAAGAUACAACCUCUGGCGACCACCGUCUUCGGUCUGGAUUAAAGAAGAACAUACCUCUCGACGGAGCAACAUCCAGGCAAUAAUGUUCGUUUCGGGUUUUGUUUUCCCUUUCGCUUGGAUGAUCGCGUCAUUUCUUCCCCUGCCACCAACAGCCGAGGCAGAUAUGAAGGAGAAGAAUCAUAGCACAGGCCAUUUAGACCUAGAGCAAGGAAGAAGCGGUUCUAAACUGGGGCAGGACAGUAAUAACUGCUACAAUAAAGUUAAAUGGUGGAGAAGCCUCAAUCGAUAUAUGUCCUUCAUCGGCCUACUCUUGGUUGGAGCCGCUGUUGCUCUCAUCGUUACCAGUACACAACAGCGGAAGCUCUAG